CCACUCUGUCCACAUAUGUCUUUCCUUGUUCCCUCCCCUUUAGAUCUACAGUGUAAGGAAUGGGUGUAACCAACAUGGUGGUGAAGUGCAAGAACGGACAGGCCCCAUUUACUGCAGAAACACAUGUUUAGAUCACAGCUCAAACUAGUUUCACUUGUUAGAAAGUGAAACUCAGACAGAGUCGUCACUGAGAGGUGAAAUGGCGCAGAAAGGAGUUCAGCUGGACCGGGAAACCUUCUCUUGUUCCAUCUGUCUGGAUCUACUGAAGGAUCCGGUGACUACUCCCUGCGGACACAGCUACUGCAUGAACUGUAUUAAAGGCUUCUGGGAUGAAGAGGAUCAUAAGCAAAGCCACAGCUGCCCUCAGUGCAGGCAGACGUUCACACCGAGGCCUGUGCUGCUGAAAAACACCAUGCUGGCAGUUUUAGUGGAGGAGCUGAAGAAGACUGGACUCCAAGCCGCUCCUGUUGAUCACCGCUACGCUGGAGCCGAAGAUGUCGCCUGUGAUGUCUGCACUGGAAGGAAACUGAAAGCACACAAGUCCUGUUUGAUGUGUUUGAUCUCUUACUGUGAGAAACACCUUCAGCUUCAUUAUGAAUCCCCUGCCUUUGACAAACACAAGCUGGUGGAGCCCUCCGAGAAGCUGCAGGACAACAUCUGCUCUCGUCAUAAUGAGGUGAUGAAGAUGUUCUGCCGUACUGAUCAGCAGUGUAUCUGUUAUCUGUGCCCUGUGGACGAACAUAAAGGCCACGACACAGUCACAGCUGCAGCAGAAAUAGCUGAGAGGCAGAGAGAGCUGGAUGGGAGUCGUCUGAACAUCCAGCAGAGAAUCCAGGACAGAGAGAAAGAUGUGAAGCUGCUUCACCAGGAGGUGGAGGCUAUCAAUGGCUCUGCUGAUAAAGCAGUGCAGGACAGCGAGAAGAUCUUCACCGAGCUGAUCCGUCUCAUGGAGAAAAGAAGCUCCGAUGUGAAGCAGCAGGUCAGGGCGCAGCAGAAAAGUGAAGUGAGUCGAGUCAAAGAGCUUCAGGAGAAGCUGGAGCAGGAGAUCGCUGAGCUGCAGAGGAAAGACAGAGAGCUGAAGAAGCUCUCACACACAGAGGAUCACACCCAGUUUCUACACAACUACAUCUCACUGUCACCACUCAGUGAAUCUACCCCCAGCAUCAAGAUCCGUCCCCUGAGGUACUUUGAGGACGUGACAGCGGCUGUGUCAGAAGUCAGCGAUAAACUGCAGGACGUCCUGAGUGAGAGUUGGACAAACAUCUCACUGAGGGUGACUGAAGUGGAUGUUUUGCUGCCACGACCAGAGCCCAAGACCAAAGCUGACUUCUUAAAAUAUUCACGUGAAAUCACACUGGACUCAAACACAGCAAACACAAAGCUGUUAUUAUCUGAGGGGAACAGAAAAGCAAAACGAUUGAUUCAACCACAGUCUUGUUCUAGUCACCCAGACAGAUUUACCUAUUAUGUGCAGGUCCUGAGUAGAGAGAGUCUGACUGGGCGUUGUUACUGGGAGGUGGAGAGGAGUGGAGGAGUUUAUGUAGCAGUCACAUACAAAAACAUCAGCAGAGGGAGCUCUAUUGAAAGUAAAUUUGGUCUAAAUGACAAAUCUUGGGUGUUAGAUUGUGACAAAAACAGUUAUAACUUUUGGUACAACAACGUCAAAACUCCUGUGUCAGGCCCUAAGUCGUCCAGAGUAGGAGUGUAUCUGGAUCACAGUGCAGGAAUUCUGUCCUUCUAUAGCAUCUCUGACACCAUGACUCUCCUCCACAGAGUCCAGACCACGUUCACUCAGCCUCUCUAUGCUGGACUUUGGGUUUAUUAUGACGGGUCCACUGCUGAGUUGUGUAAACUGAAAUAGACAGAAGUAAUUUAAAGUGCUCAUAUUAUGAUUUUUGGCUUUUUCCUUUCCUUUAUUGUGUUAUA